AUGGCUAAGUGUGCCGGGGGCGGGGAGGGCUGCCGCUGCCUCCGAGCGCUCCGCGGGCAGGCGCCGAGGCCGGGGCCGGGCAGGUCGCGGCCUCCCGCAGCCCGGGGUGGCGGUGGCGGGGGGGGUGUCCCCGCUCUGCCGCCGGCGCCCGCUGAGCCCAGGCGGCCAGGGAAUCCCCGAGUGCCGGCGGGCGCUCGGCCCGGGCCGCGACAGCGGGUCGGUUCCGAUCCCUCCCCCGGGUCUUCCCCGCGGCCCUGCCGGCAGGGACGGGGGCAGGCCGUCUACGACGACGACGCCGGCGGCGGCCCCGGCCCCGCGGGGAGGCCCGCCGCGGGGUCCCGCACCUCGCGGCCCGCCGGGCCGGGCCGGCAGCGCCGCCGCGCUCUCGCCGGCUGUGAAGGGGUCUCCGCUCCCCCCGAGCGCGUCGGGCCUCGCAGCGCACCCGCGGGGGGGGUGCAGAGCCCCCGCAGCUGCCAAGGCAGAGCUGCUGCCCGCCGGCGGCAAGCCAACAGAGGAGAGGCGAACAGGACGCGCUGUCAGCUCGGACCUUUUACUUGCUUCGCAAGUGUGGCCCUGCGGCACGGCUCCUCGGGAAGCCGAGGGCUCGGGACGCCGUUCCUGGUGCUCGGGCAGUGGCCAGGAGCAAAGCCUCUGACGCUGCUGUCCUCGUGGUGGAGAGUCUCAAUCAAGACAAAUGAAACCACGAGUGUAUUCCUUCUACUUCGACUCCAGAACAGCACUGAGAUGAGAUCUCCUGGUUAUCUGCGCUGAUGGAGCAGUGAACUUUUCUAUCGGAUCGCAUACCAUGUAUUUCAUUCUCCAGGAACUGUGAAGCUUUAACCCUACAUUUUCUUUUCCCAAAGAAAGACCUCCAGUACAGCCUGCUAUUAUAUUACUUCCCAGCAGUCAGCAAGGAGUGCUGCCAAUUCAAAACAUUUUCUCUUUGAUGUUGCAGUGAAUGCUGAAUUUGUGUGCAAUAAUAACUUCUUAAUUAUUUAACUUCUUAAGGAUUUUAAGGCUCUUGAAAUCCAGAACUCUAAAAUGUGGUGUAUUCAUCCCACACUUUCUGUAUAGGAAUCAGUUUUAACUGUAUCAAAUAUAAAUAGCUACAAACAUAGCUUUUACACAUUAAAAAUGUGCUGGGGCCAAAGAUGAUUUUGCACAAUAAAAGAUAAGGUCAAUUUAUGUUUAGUUUUUUGAUGUCAGAAUAAACAAUGCCCUUUUUGUCCUCUCCCAA